UAAAUCAUUUUCUCUAUUUAACAUAUCUAUAAUCUUACAAAGCGAAUAUACGCAAGUUGACUGGCCAAACUCCAAUCGACUAAAUGGCAGUACUUGAUAGUCUGAAUAGAAUUAUUGACUUUUUGUUAUUUUUUAUAAAAUUGAUACAUGAAAAGAGAGAUCAGGUUGUAGACAUUAAAUUGUGUAAUUAGAAACGAAAUAAUUCUGUCAACAGAAUUAAUUAUCAAAUUAAAAUUGCUAUUAACUAUUUAAUAUUUAAUAAGUUAAUAUUUCAUUUGUCACAUGAUUUUUGAUUGUGAAUGUUGACUUUGAAUAUUUCAUUCAUUAGAUAAAUAGUGAGGUUUUCAUCUCUAAAUAUUAUCUAUUUAUAACUAAUUAAUACAUGUAAAUAAUGAUGAGAUAUGUUCUUUAUUUUAAACUUUUGAAUUGCCAUUUUUUCGCGAAUUUUAUUUGCGAAUUUUAUGUGCGUUCGAUGAAUUGGCUUUAAGCAUCGUGGAAACAAGGCUCGGGAAUUGGCUGUCAGAGUAUUGGAUGGUAUUGGUGUCAUCGCGCAACUACGACGAUGUAAUUGGUCUCGAUUUGCCAACGCGGACCAAUAGCCUGCCGAUGUGCUCCGCCAAUCGCCAUGUGCCACACCAACACAUGGUGCUCCGCGGCACGGACCUCGAGGCAGAGUGUCACAGUGGAGAGUGUCACGCUCGGAUUUUUGUUGAUUUAAAAGGAGGUUGCGAUGCGCGAGCGUGCGUUCUGAAUGUACAGCUGAGAGCCGCCCCACUCGAGUAACGUACGUGUCGUCGGUAAACGCGAGCACAAGGUGAGUGCGCGUCAAUUCGUCUAGGAGUUAACGUUUUUGCUGAUUGCGACGUAUCUCACGUCGCCGGUAUUCAUAACCAAGUUUGACAACUAGAGUCCGGGUCAAACCAAUGGAAUUUUCGCAGAGAAGCAUGUCGAUAUCGUUAGCCUUGUUCAUAAUCGCCACCUUCAUCGGCGUCAGCGAAGAAAUUGCCGUUAUGAGCAUUGACCUUGGUAGCGAAUGGAUGAAGGUUGCCAUCGUCUCGCCUGGUGUUCCUAUGGAAAUAGCUUUAAAUAAGGAGUCUAAGAGAAAAACGCCAGUCGCGAUCGCAUUCAGAAAUGGGGAGAGGUCAUUUGGUGAAGAUGCUCAAGUAAUUGGAGUGAGAUUUCCCCAGAACACCUUCUUCUACAUCCUAGAUCUUUUAGGAAAACCUAUAGACAAUCCAAUAGUACAACUCUACCGAAAAAGAUUUCCUUACUAUGAUAUCGUUGCUGAUGAUGACAGAAAAACUGUAGCGUUUAGAUUAAACGAAAACACGACAUAUACUCCAGAGGAGUUACUAGCACAAAUAUUGCACAAAGGCAAAGAGAUUGCAGAAGCUUCCGCCCAUCAAAAGAUCAAUGAAGCUGUCAUCACUGUGCCGGGAUUUUUCAAUCAGGCCGAAAGGAGAGCCUUGAUUCAGUCGGCGGAACUUGCCGGGUUGAAAGUACUGCAGCUCAUAAACGAUUACACCGCAGUUGCUCUAAACUACGGUGUGUUUGGUAGAACGGAGAUAAAUGAUUCCGCGCAUUACAUCAUGUUUUAUGACAUGGGAGCUAGUAGCACGACCGCGAUAGUUGUCAGUUAUCAAAAUGUAAAAACGAAAGAAAGAGGUUUUCUCGAAACGAAUCCUCACGUAACUGUACUAGGCGUGGGAUAUGAUCGUACGCUCGGCGGACUAGAAAUGCAAAUCAGACUGCAGCAUUAUUUAGCACAAGAAUUUGAUGCUCUUAAAAAAACACCGAAUUCGGUAUUCAAAAGUCCGAGAGCAAUGGCAAAGCUUUUUAAAGAAGCUGGACGCGUCAAAACUGUACUUAGUGCCAAUGCAGAUCAUUUUGCUCAGAUAGAAAGUCUGAUAGAUGAUAUUGACUUUAAAUUGCAAGUCACGAGAGAAAAAUUGGAAGAGAUAUGUGCUGAUUUGUUCAAUCGUGUAGCGAAUCCUGUGAAGAUUGCAUUGGAUACUUCAGGUUUGACAAUGGAUGUCAUAUCGCAUGUUGUAUUGGUCGGAGCAGGUACUCGCAUGCCAAAGGUACAGGAAACAUUGUCUCAAUAUGUAAAAACAGAAUUAUCAAAAAAUGUAAAUACAGAUGAGGCAGCUGCUUUAGGGGCUGCGUACAAAGCAGCUGAUCUUAGUCAAGGUUUCAAGGUCAAGAAAUUUGUCACGAAAGAUGCUUUAUUGUUUCCAAUUCAAAUCACUUUUGAAAGAGCUAUUGAUGACAAAGUGAGACAGGUAAAAAAAACAUUAUUUGGUAGAAUGAAUCCUUUUCCGCAAAAGAAAAUUAUUACAUUCAAUAAGCAUACGAAUGAUUUUGAUUUUCAUGUCAAUUAUGCUGAAUUGGAUUAUUUACCUGCUAGUGAGGUAACUUCUAUUGGUGAUUUACAUAUAUCUAAUAUAUCACUGAAUGGCGUAGCUGAAGCAUUAGAAAAGCAUGCUAAGGAAGGCGCCGAAAGUAAAGGAAUCAAAGUGCACUUUAAUAUAGACGAUAGUGGCAUACUGAAUUUAUUGACUGUAGAAUUAGUUUCCGAAAAAUCGAGUACUGUCGUUGAUGAGGAAGAGGGUACUUUCUCAAUACUUGGUUCAACUAUUAGUAAAUUCUUUGCAGGCUCCUCUUUAGAGAAAGAAACAGCAGAGAAGACGGAGGAGGCACCGAAAGAGGAUAUAAAACCAGUACAUGAAGAACCAGAAUAUCCAGAAUCAACAAAAGAGUCAGAAGAGAAAGAAAAAAAGAAGAGCGAUACAAAAGGGAAUGAAGACAAAGUUGCAAAUAAAACUGAGAAGACAGAAAAAGAAAAGAAGUCCACAAUCAUUCAGAUUAAGGAACCUAUUAGUUCAAAAGAGGCUAAACUAGGAUCACAGAUCUUAUCUGGUGAGAAACUUACCGAAUCUCGAGACAAGAUACAUCGAUUAGAUGUGCAUGAUUCGGAGAAAGCACGCCGUGAGACCGCAUUAAACAAUCUUGAGUCGUAUGUAAUUGACGCGCAGCAGAAAUUCGAUUCCAAGGAAUUUUCGGAUGCAGCUACCGAGAAGGAGAUCGAAGAGAUUCGGAAAGCAUGCGCCGAGAUCUCCGAGUGGUUGUAUGAGGAUGGAUUUACCGCCACCGCAGAAGUAUAUGAAGAGAAAUUGAUAGAACUACAAAAAUUAACCAAUGACAUCUAUGAGAGAGUCUCUGAAUAUCGAGAUCGUCCAGAAGUUCUGAAUGGAAUGGUUUCGUUACUUCAAGGCAGUAGAUUGUUCUUGGAUAAUAUGCGUAACUUAAGUGCAACGAGUGAAGUUAUUACGUCUGUUGAAAUUGAAACGUUAGAGAAAGCAAUUAAUGAGACGCAGGAUUAUUACGAAACAGUUUCAAAAUAUUUCGAAGAUGCACCGCUGAAUAUACCAGUAAAAUACAAAGUUCGUCAUAUCGCGAAUAAAAUGGAGUUACUCGACAGAGAAAUUAAAUAUCUUUUGAAUAAAGUAAAAAUUUGGAAACCGAAGCAAGAAGCUGCAGCGAAUCAAACAGAUAAUAAAGCCGAGCACACGAUAGAGGAAAAUGAAGAAUCCAUAGCUGAUUCCGAUACCGAAAAAGAGAAGUCUACACCUGAUGUAGAACAACAAGAAGAACAACCGAUAUUAGAAACAACGGAUAGCACACAAGAUCCGUUAUUUUUACCAGAAAACAAAGAACAAUUAAAUAACGAAGAAAAAAAUCAUAACGAAUUAUAAGAAAUAAUUUAUUUAAGAGUGUGAUUCUCUGUUAUAUCCAUCGACGAUACAAUCGUCGAUUUAGGCAAUUUUUGUAGAUUAUUUUCGUCGGAUGCAUUUAAAAUCAAAGCAGAAAUUUUUUAUGUGUUGCUGUGGUUGAAUAAGUUAUUCUGCGAAUGUGAAUACAAACUGUUCCAUUUAAUUAAUAAUAUAUAUUUAUACCAGGAUACGAUUUCUUCAUUCAUUCAUUGCAAACGAGAAAAAAUCAUUACUAAAGUACCAAUCUUAAAAAUUGUUUGCAAUAAUUAUGUUAUACAAGUGUCAACCAAUAACAGAUCCCAACAAUUGAUUUAUUUGAUAACGGACACACAUAGGCCAGUUCUGUGAGAGAAUUUAUCUCAAGUAUUUAGAACAUAAAUUUGUGACUUUACAUGUAAGAUGCUCUUACUGCAAGUGUAUCUUUUAUUAUGUAUCAUCAUACUACAUAAAAUUGCAGUAUAAAGCAUAUUAUUGCUUGUAAAAACACGAAUGAUAAGGAUAUAUAUAAAAUAAUCUUUGUUCAUAAAAUAAUUCUUGCAUAUCUUUUAGAGAAUGAGUCUUUUCAUGUAGAUUUUCCAUAGAUGUACAUUAGUAGUUUUGAAUGAAUUAUCUCAUUUCCUAGGUACGUUACAUUGAUUUGUAUCAUUUCUUUAUAAAGAAAAGUUCAUAUAA